GAGCGCGGCGCCAUGGCGGGCUGCGGGGCGUUGCUGCGCCACUGCCCGCUGCUGCUGCCGCAGAACCGCGACGGAACGGCCUACGAGGGCUUCGUCACUGCUCAGGGUAGAGAUUUCCACAUCAGGAUACUGCUACCAGUGGAUUUUCAACUGAAAAAUGCAAGUAUAGAGUGUAGCUGGCACCUAAAGAAGAUACUGCAUGGCUAUGGGCAUAUUUUAAAGCAGAGGUUGCACAGCUGUCCAGAUCUCCUCAGUUUUAUGGUGGAACUGAAAACUAUUUUGGAAAUUGCUCUAAAGAAUACACCAGACCUGCACGUACCACGGCCGCCAGAAUACUACUCCUGUCUUGUCAGAGAUCUGGAGAUACUGGGGUGGGAUAAAGUCGCAUAUGUGGAUACUGGGCUUGCCACAAUCAAGCUAAAAGCUGAGGACUCUUGUGGCCGACAGCAUCUCAUCACUCUCAAGUUAAAUGCAAAGUAUCCAAAAGACCCACCGGAUUGCCUCGUGGAUUUUCCUGUUGAGUUUGCCAUCUCUUGGAUGCCACAGAACUCCUUAACAGACAUUUACCAUCAGUUCCUGACAGCAUUAGAAUCACUGAAAGAGUUCUGGGAUGCCAUGGAUGAAAUUGAUGGCAAGACGUGGGUGCUUGAGCCAGAAAAUCCCACACGGGGUGCUACCAGCAGAAGGAUUGCGAUAGGGAACAAUGUCUCGGUGAACAUAGAGGUAGAUCCUCGGCAUCCAAACAUGCUCCCAGAGUGUUAUUUUCUUGGUGCAGAGCACGUGGUUAACCCUUUGAGAAUUAAGCUGAACAACAAUAUGCACUUAUGGGAUCCAGAACUCAGCUUAUUACAAAACUUGAAAGACCUCUUAGAAAUUGAUUUUCCCUCUUGUGCUGUGUUGGAAAAAAGUGAUUUUGCUAAGGACUGUGGGAUCUGCUAUGCCUAUCGCCUCAAUGGCACGACUCCAGAUCAAGUGUGUGAUGAUCCGCGCUGCGGCCAGCCUUUCCACCAGGCUUGCCUCUAUGAGUGGCUACAAGGUCUCCCUUCUAGCAGACAGAGUUUUAAUGUCAUCUUCGGUGAAUGUCCAUAUUGUAAUAAGUCACUAACACUGAAAUCUUCAAUGAAGAAACACUGAAAGUUGCACAAAGGGAAACACUGCUGAACUCACACUGCUGACACUGAAACAGUGGCAUCAGAGAAAAUACACGGAAAGGAAGAUGAGUAGCAGAAGUACAAGUAUAGCUGUGCUGUAGGGGUACGUUUGGUCAGUGAACGCCAGCCUGAAGAGCACAGACAAGGGUGGCCACGUGCUGCUGUAACUAGCUUCUUGCAAUGAUACUGGAUGAUCUGUAGCUAAGAGUUGAUGGUGGCUUGUAUUGAAUGCUGAGAAUCUUGCUUGGGUGUUGAAUGGGGGUAAUUCUCUUGCAGAGACUUCCUGCAGGAGGAAAAAAUAAAUGCAUAUAGUAACGAUGAGCUCAGUUUUUCUGAUUCACACUUAUUCACUGCUAAGAUGCCACAGGUGACAUUGCAGUGUCUUUAAGUUAUCUCAGAGAAGGCAAUUCCAUUCUUACCAAGACUGAACUCUGGAAUUUGCAGGUAAAAGGAUAUUGUAAAUUAAGUAGAUCACAUCAGGUGUCAUAUACAAGGUGCCUUAAUGUCUUCUGCAGAGAAAUACUGUGUUCCUGAAGCCAACAGAUUCAAUUCUUCUGUAUGUUUGUUUUCAAAAACUGUUAAUAUAUUGAAGUCUUUACA